UCAUGAUGGAAAAAUGACGAACGAGCCCACGUCUUCGGCAAUCAACCCGUCAUUGGGACGAUUUACCAAAAUGCACUGGAUUCACGCGGUGCGAAGCGGCGUUUAUCUCUUACUCAUGUUCUGGCUGGCUACAGUUUGGAUCUACAGUUCAGCAUAUGACCAAACGAGUAGAUCUGGAAAUAUUAAGAUUAUCGUGGUAGACCUUGACGGGGAGAGUAUUGGUAUUUGGCUUAACGAAACCACCUUUCUGGGCGACUGACUCAAACCGCCUCUUUAGGCCAGAGCCUUGUGCGAGCGUGUGACGAUAUCUCUGGGAUCGAUGGAAUGGGUUCUUUUCACCUGCUAAACAUCAGCUAUGAGGACGCAUACAAUGAUGUUUGGGAGGGACAUUACUGGGGUGCUAUCAUCGCCAUGCCAAAUGCAACCCAUCAACUGAACCUGGCAAUUGAUGAUGGAAGUACUCUCUCCAACUCAUCCACUGCCAUAGCCUACAUCUACAACGAAGCUCGCUGGCCCACGACGGUAGAGGGAUUUGUGAUUCCUUCGCUCCGGCAAGCGGUUUCGGAUACGAACUCGGGGUAUCUCCAAAACUACGGCGUCGAAAAGCUGUCAAAUGCUAACCUGUCAGCUAACGGCAUCGAGGUGCUUCUCAACGGUCUACAGGCAAAGGCAGUCAACAUCUACGCAGUUACCCUCGGAAUUAAGUAUUAUCUUAACACCGCGGGAAUGGUAUUCCCAGCAUUGAUCAUGUUCUUAUACUCAAUGGCUCUCAGUGCUGCUCCUAGUCUCAUUGGUCCGCUGUCGACGAGAAAUGACUUCCUGUACCGAAUGGUAGUAGUGCCCAUCAUGAGCUGCGUUUCCGGUAUCUCGUGGGGUCUUUGGUACGAAGCUUUUCACGAGAGUCCAAAUGGGAUCUCCGGGGUCCAAUACUGUGUGAUCUGGCUCACAUUCUGGAUGUACGCCCUAAUUGCUUUUUUGCUAUAUGACAUCAUGGUCGGCGCUAUUCCUGCAGCGUUUUACCCGCCUAUGGUUCUGGUCUACAUCAUCAUCAACGUUACAGCAGCUGCAUUCCCAAUUGAUCUCAAGCCACGGUUCUUCCAUCUCGAUUAUGUCUGGCCUGGAUACAAUUGCUUUGAGCUGCUGAUUACAAUAUUAAGUCACGGCUCGACGAGUAGAGUGUAUCGUAAUGUACCGGUUUUGUUUGGAUGGCUGAUUGUGUUGUGGCCAUUAGAUACUUGGGCGAAUAAGAGGAGAUCUAUGGCUGAUCUUGCGUGAGAUGUUAAUGCUUUUUUCUUCUAGAUCUUGCUUCCC